AUGUCCUCAGAAAAGGAAAAAGAAAAAAGUCGUCGGAUAAAUAGUCUCCCUUUUUUGGUAUAUAAAGAACCCGAUGAAAAUCAAUUCGGUGGAUAUACCAGAUUAGUUGUGAAAAAGGUAAUCAUCGCUUCUUGUUUUUUCUCGACAGAUAGUAACAUGUUGACAGAAAUCGUUUCUUACCUUCCUAUUUCUAAGCUGGUUCUUUUUCUUUUCGUUAUAUUUGUGUUGGUAUUUGCUUAUAGGAGAGAUUUGAAGGAGACGAUGAACUCGAUAUUUGCAAUAGUGUACUGUGCGGUCCUACUAUGUCACCGCCUACCUUACGCAUUCUUAUCACACAUCACGGGUAAAAUUGUUAAGCAAAAAUACACCCAACCAGAUUUACGUCAACGAUUCAUCUCUGUCACCGUCAAGACUGCUUGUGAGACAUUACCAUUAUGGAUUAUAAGGAUCUUAUUCCAUAUCUCGGGUGUAUAUGAACAGAUGGCCAAUGGUCUGUUUUUCGGCAAGUUGAGAAACCAGUGGUGCCGUUCGGUGUCUGGUACUGAGUGGCAGGGCUAUUUGAUUGGUGAGAAUGCGGAAACAGCGGAGAUCGGAGAAGAUGCAGAUUUAGUGAUCAUUUAUGCUCACGGCGGUGGCUUUGUUUGUGGUGGAGCUUUGAUAUCACUCGUUGUGUUUGUUGAUUGGAUUAAGAGCUGGAAAAUUAGUCAUGGUGCCAAAACCCAUAUCGUGUCUCUUGAAUACGGAUUAUCACCCGAGCAUCCAUUCCCAGCUGCGAGGGAUAUGUUUUUACAAUGUUAUCACACUUUAGUCAACGAGAAAGGAAUCAGUCCAUCAAAGAUUGUUUUCGCUGGUGACAGUGCUGGAGGAAACACGGCUACCAUUGCUUCUUUUGAACUCUUGAACAAUCCCAGUAAAUACUCCGUUCCUCAACCCUCUCGUCUCCUACUUAUAUCACCCGUAUUAACGGCUCUGAAGAUUUCCAGGACAUUCAAAACCAACGAAGCUUACGAUUGCUUGAGCAAGCAAUGGUUUGACCGAUGCCUAAGCAAUUAUAUUUAUGGUACCAACCUCCUUCCUACAUGUCCCAUGAUUUCGCCAUUAUACGAACGUCGCUUCAAAGGACUACCCCGUACGUGGAUAUGUGUCGGUAGUUACGAACUAUUUCUUGACGACAUAACACUUUUCAUCGAGAAAGCGAGAAGUCAAGAUGUUGAAGCGGAAAUUGUGGUCGAAGAAAACAACUCGCAUAAUUAUGCUAUCUUGUACCCGUUAUCACGGGAUGGUGGCGCUCAGAGGGCUGUUAAGUACAUGUCCAAAUUUUUAUUUGGCGAAUUACCCAUUAGAAAGAUAACCAAUUAG